AGUGUAGGCGGUGUCCGCGAGAUUCAAACGUGUGUGUAGCUCGGGCAGUACUGGGGUCCUGUGUGGUGAGGGAGCGCUCCGUCUGGGUAUUUAGCUGCGGGAAGACAAUCUGCGCCUUAUAGGAGCUCGGACAAGAGGACGGUCGUAGGAAGGUGUCUGGACCAGCGCUUGAUCCCCACAGAGAAGGUACUGCCUAUGAGUGGAUGGAUGGAGUGCAGAUCACUGGGUGGAGGAAGAGCAGCAUUUGCCCUAAGAUGUUGCCUCUUCGUCAUUCCCGGCCAGUGUUAUCCAAAGUUUCGCGCACAGGAAAGACUAUUUCUGCAGAGACUGUUCAGCCUGUAAAGGAGGAGUGUGUACAAACAAAGCGCUCGCCAUCAUCCCCACAGGGUGCAGCAAAGAAGAGAUCUGCAUUUGGGGACAUCACCAAUGCUAACAAAAAUCAGCAACUGAUUCAAAAGAAGAAAGAUGGACAGAAAGCUGCUGUGAAGAAGACAAGAAAUGUAGCAGUAACCGGAGUCCUGAAAAACAAUGAAAUUAACAUCAAGAGAGCACAGAGAAAAGUUACCAUUGUAGAUGUAACUGUUGAGGUGGCAAAAGAAGGAAAAGUAAGCAAUGAAGAAGUUAAGCCUAAGCCAAAAGAGGAGAAUUCUCUGGAACAGCCCUUACCCCCGAAUGUGGAGGAUAUUGAUAAAGAUGCUUUGGAUGACCCAUUUAGCAGCUCUGAAUAUGCUAUGGAUAUUUUUACUUACAUGCGAGAAAGAGAGGAAAAAUUUGUGUUGCCUAAUUAUAUGGAGUCUCAGGGUGAUAUUAGUAAAGAAAUGAGAGCGAUACUUGUGGACUGGAUGGUGGAGGUGCAGGAAAACUUUGAACUGAAUCAUGAGACACUCUACCUGGCUGUAAAAUUGGUGGACCAUUACUUAGCUGCCUCCGUUGUCACUAGGGAAAAGCUACAGCUGAUAGGAUCAACUACCGUUCUCAUUGCAUCUAAAUUUGAGGAACGCUGUCCACCUUGUUUGGAUGAUUUCCUUUAUAUCUGUGAUGAUGCCUAUAAGAGAGAGGAGCUUAUAGCGAUGGAGAUGGACAUCUUGCAGAAGCUUAACUUUGACAUAAAUAUUCCUGUCCCUUAUCGUUUUCUCCGCCGUUUUGGGAAGUGUGCCCAUGCAAGUAUGGAAACUCUUACACUUGCAAGAUACAUAUGCGAGCUAACACUGCAAGACUAUGACUUCGUUCAAGAAAGUGCUUCCAAGAUGGCGGCAAGCUGCCUGCUUCUUGCACUAAAGAUGAAAGAUUUGGGUUCUUGGACGGCUACACUGCAGCAUUACAGUGGGUAUCAGGCAAUGGAUCUAUUGCCUCUUGUAAAAAGACUGAACUUCCUGCUUAUGUGUCAGACAAAUGAAAAGCUGAAGGCAGUACGGAGCAAAUACUCACACAGAGUAUUCUUUGAAGUUGCAAAACUCCCACCCUUAGACGUGCUGAAGCUAGAAGAAUCAUUUUGGAGUUAAUCGUUCCAUUUGUCUGGAUCAAUAUUAUGCCAGAUUUGUAUAUACAGUGUAAAUAUUUGUACGUUUUAUUAUAUGGAUACAUAAAUAUCAAGUUGCUUAAGCCUUUCUAUGUAGAGUCUGUUUAUGAACAUUUUGUAAAGGAGAUUGUGACUCGAAAAUACAUUGAUUAAAUAAUGCCUUGUGUGUGUGUGUGUGUAUAUGUGUGUAUACUAUGAUUAGUAGUAGAGUUGAGCGAACUUUUAAAAAGUUUGGUUCACCGGACGUGCCAAACUUUUUGGAAAUCGCAAGUUCAGUUCAGCUCGGUUUGACUCGAACCGGCAAUGAAAUAAGCCCCUUAACACGUUUAUAACACUGCCUAACAGCUCGAAACCCCUGUCUAACACUGUUAGAAAUGUAUUCAAGUACAUUUUAAGUGUUUUUAAGGCUCAGUUAUGGUCACAUAAUCCAUAAUCCACAGUAAUCCAUGGUAAUUUACGGCUAGCCAAUUUUUUUGGCUUAUUCACAUAAAGCGGCAUAAAGUAUCCCUAGUUUUCGGUAGAUGCCUGCCGGUGUUAAUAUGUACACGGAGGUAGGAGAAGGCACAGUGGCUUUUUCCAAGUGUUUUUA